AUGAUGCAAGACAUUAUGAACCAGGAGAAGAGCUAUGAUUCCCUGCCCAACUUUACCGCUGCGGAUUGUUUGAGGCUGCUGGGUAUUGGACGCAAUCAGUAUAUUGAUUUGAUGAACCAGUGUCGGUCAUCGAAGAAAUUCUUUAGGAAACGUCCUGUGAAAGAUUUACUGCCGAGUCAGCCAAUAGAAGGUGUGCCUAUUGAACCAUGGUGGGUUGUACAAGUUGGAUUUAUUACUGAAGAUGAUAUUAAGUUAUGUGGCAAUGAUGAGAAAAAAGUCAUUGAUAUAAUCAUUGACGCUGGACCGCAGACGGCUGGUGAGCUAGACAGAGAAGUUGUCCACAGUUUGUACAGAAAAGGUUUAAUCUAUCUUGAGGUGAUCAUCGGAGAUGAUGACUGUAUUAGUGUGCCACCUUUGGAAGGAUUUGUUAUGAACAGAGUUCUUGGCGAUUACUUUGAAACUUUGUUGUACAAAAUAUUUGUUUCUAUAGAUGAGCACACACCUGUUGCUGAGCUUGCCAGUGUUCUGCAGAUAGACUUAUCUCUGGUGAAGAUGGCAGUGUCCAUGUACUGCCGGCUGGGCUUUGCCAAGAAAAAAUCCACAGACUUUGACAUGGCUGAUCUUCACCCCUCAUGGAGUGUCAACCAAGAAUCUCCAGUAGCAGGAGUCACUAAAACAAACCAAGAUGUAAAUGAAGAGAGGACACUGCUGAUUGACUUGAGUAGCUCAGUGCACUUGGACGCAGCAGGGGAGAUGAGCAAGUCUACAUCGGUCAACGAUGAUGGCAACACAGGUGGCGUUGUUGGACUGGACUCCACUUUAGAUUUAGGGUCACAAACUUCCGGUCAAAUCAAGAGAAUAGCAUUUCUGUUUGACUCAACCUUGACAGCAUUUCUGAUGAUGGGGAAUCUUUCUCCUGGAUUGAAGAGUCAUGCUGUAACAAUGUUUGAAGUUGGAAAACUGAGUGAUGAAUCUAUGGACAGCUUUCUUAGUGAACUAGAAAAGGUGGGUUCAGAUGCUGAGGGAGAGGCUCGCCGUUACUUUGAUCAUGCCCUAAUUCUGAGAGACACUGUGCGGUUUUUGAGACAUAACCGGGAGCUGGUGGAGGAUUCUGAGGGAGUUGUGGCGAGCGGAGGGCAGGGCAUCGAUUUACUGAGAUGUGAGAGUUUGCUGGGGCUGGAUCCAGAAACUAGAUCCAGAGUUCUGAAUAAGAAUUACAG